CCGCUGGACGUCGACGAACUGGGACGCGCGUCGUGGGCGCUGAUGCACACGAUCGCGGCGUAUUACCCACAAAAACCGACGCACGCGCAGCGCGUGCAAGCGCGACGGUUCUUCGACGCGCUGGGAGACCUGUACCCGUGCGCGACGUGCAGGGCGGAUUUGCGAGCCGACGUCGACGCGCACCCGCCGAGGUGCGAAUCGCGCGAGGCGCUGGCGAAGUGGGUGUGCGAGCGACACAACGUCGUGAACGAGAAGCUCGGGAAGGCGAAAAUGUCGUGC